AUGAGGAACGGCAGAGGUGGUGCCGCACCCAAACCAAUUCGGAAGUGCUUCGCUUUGACCGAUGAACAAUGUCAGAGGAUUCAAGAUAUCCUUGAUCCAGAUGAGAGGCGACCCCAAAGAGGUUGGGAGUUGAAGCAUCAGCCGGAACUUAUACGAUUAUAUAUGACUGGAAUGAGCUUCCCACAGAUGGAGUCUGCAAUGACACCGAGGUUGACCUGGUCGUACAAGACAUAUUCAAACCGCUUUCGAGAUUGGUGCUUCCCUAUAAAUCUGGCUCAGAGAGGCGUAAGGAUUAUGCAAUUAUAUUCUUCAGUGUCGAGAUCGAGCCCCACUACCUCCACCACUACGCCGGUCCCUUCUGAGUUAGGGAGCGUGCCUUCCUUUGAGCCUCUAUCACUUCGACUUCGUCUCCCCCUUCUUCCAUCCUCAGCGAACUUUGCUCAAGAAGUAUCCCAGACAUACGGGCGUUCGACCCACCCCCCAGGCUCAAAGCACAACGGCGCAGACAGGAAUUCCAUCUCAACAAUCGAUACGAUGUCGAGUAAUACGACUUGGCUGUCGUCAAGCGCGACAUCAAUCUUUUCGACAGCUAAAGCCUUGAAAUUACGUCGGCCACUCAAACCACCAAUACAUGAUCCCAAACGCGGGCUUUGGAAUGAUACUCUUCGAGUUAUACCCUGCGGAGACAAUCACCAGAGUACAGAUUGGCAGGGAUCUUUUGCCAGUUGUUCAAUCUGUGGGUUCACGCCUUGGCACGCGCUAAUGAUCAACUCCCGGAGCAUGAGUGCCGAUGAAUUUGUUGCAGCUAUGAGCCUUCUGGAUCGCAGCAGUAUCAAGACGAAUGAUUAUGCAGGAAACUCUCCGAUACACUUCCUUAUGGCAGCUGGAGUCAAAAUCGCUUAUUUUAGCCAUUUAGCCAACAGACACGAUAGCACUAACCAGAACGUUUUUGGACAAAACCCUCUCCAUGUACUCAAUCCCCAAGACCUUGGGGACGACCUGGUAUUUUUAUUAGAAUGGUUCAAGUCACGCAGAACCCCGCCAGGCAUCCUUUUAAUACAACGGGAUAUCUACGGGCGUACUCCCCUCCACACUCUUCUCCAACAUCCUUUCCCACGGACGCAUUAUUCCCACAUUCUGGAGGUUUUUCCCUUUUUUGAGUACCAACUCCUAUGUUUGAACACCACCGGGCAAUCUGUCGUUCAAAUGAUGAAUGUGGCCUCUCUCAAGCUACGGCUGGAAUCGGAAUCAGAUUACCUGAAGAUCCAAGACGGCAUAUCAGACAUCAAGCAACUGCUCGCAGAAUUUGGCGUUAGGGAGUCCUGGUUCGGUUUAUUCAAUUGCCGAAUCUGCAACCAGACCAACAAGCAUUCGAAUUCUUAUCUCGAUCAGAUGAAGUGCGCUUGUGCUAAUGGUAGAGAUCGAAACGCGCCAGAUGAGACGGGUUUAACGCCUGCUCACGCCAUCAUCACGAAAGAGCGUUUGAAUCAAGGCCAGGACGAAACUCCAGCACAAACAGCUGAAUUGUUCCGCAUUUUGAUUCCACCCGGCGACCCCACGCUGCGCGAAGCUCUACACGUCUUAGACCCAGAAGGCCACACACUAGUGCGCAAUAUUGCAGUAAGAGGACUGGAUGAGAUCCUACAAUAUGUGUUAGAGCUCGAAACUCCGGCAAGGGGGAUGGCCAUGGUGAAUGCAUGCUCGAUAGGCGUAGAUGGGGUUGAGAGGAGUGUGCGCGCAUGGGUUUUUCAAGAGAUAAGGGAGCUGAAUGAGAGGAUCCGGAUAAAUCCGUUUUCUGCGGAUAAAAAGUUGAAGGAAUUCUUGGUAAACAGGGGCACCCGCCUUACGAGGUGUACGGAGAUACUAGAAGCAGCAGGAGCAGUAACGCAUCCGAGUGUUAUACAAAGAUGGAGGAUUAAUGAGUGA